UAAUCGUAAACUCUUCAUAACUAAAUUAAUUACUAAUUAACUAUUUAGCCACAAAAAAAUAAGCUACAUUAUUCAACCGGUUGUUAGUAUUUGUUUAAACAGAUGUUAAUACAGUAAACAUACCAGCAGUAACGUUUUGCUUUUUGAUGGGAGUAAAACUAAUUGUAAAUAUGUAAAUGUAGAUCGUUUACGUCAGUGUUUACUCUGAAGGACAUCGUAAAUCGCAUGACUUGACAGGUGAUUAAUUAGGUAGAACAGCUUUAAAGGCUUACAAACAAGACAAAUAGUAAAAUCUGGAACACAAAUGCAACAAUUUUAAUUAUGGCAUCAAGUAAAAAUGAAAGCGAACCGAGCAGUAGUAAAGCCGGAGUAUCAGGCGAAGGGGAUGACAAGAAGGAAGAUCGUACUUUUGAAUGCAAUAUUUGCCUAGACACAGCUAAAGAUGCUGUUGUCAGUAUGUGUGGACAUUUGUUUUGUUGGCCGUGUUUGCAUCAGUGGUUAGAAACAAGACUGAGUCGUCAAGUAUGCCCUGUUUGUAAAGCUGCAAUCAGCAAGGACAAAGUUAUACCAUUGUAUGGUAGAGGUAGUACUAAUCAGCAAGAUCCACGCGAAAAAGUACCUCCCCGCCCAGCAGGACAAAGAACUGAACCAGAGAGUGGAUCUAACUUUCCUGGGUUUGGAUUUGGUGAUAAUGGAUUUCAUAUGUCAUUCGGAAUUGGUGCAUUUCCCUUUGGAUUUUUCACGUCAACAUUUAACUUUGGAGAUGUAAGACCAAAUGCAGCUCCUUUGGGAACUCCGCAGCACAUGGAAGAACAAUUUUUGUCGAAAAUAUUUUUGUGGCUCGCUUUCUUGUUUAUAGCAUGGCUAUUAUUGGCAUAGCAAUUGCUGUUGUGGGACUAUUGAUUUGUUUAAACAAAAUAGCAUUCAACCUGAACUGUUUCAAGCUUGAUUUAUGAAAAUUGUAAUACAUUAUAUACUAUCACUUAAAUUAUAUAUAAAAGAUACUAUGAAAAAUGGUUUUAGUGGUCACAAAGGGAAUUGUUAUAAUGUAAAAAUUUUAAUGUUAAAGUUUUCAAGGUUGUUUUUUAAUUAAUCAUUUUUUCUUUAUUUGCAUACUGUAUUAAGUAGGAACUUGAAUUAGAAAAUAUUGAGCCAGUUUGCAAAAUACACUGGCAAGAAUACAUUCCUGAUAAUAGUGCAUACAUUUAUUAUGUAUUCUAUCUGUAUUAUACAAUCAAUAUUUAUUAAAACCUUUCAGUGAAA